AUGGGCGUGGGGAAGGUGAUGAACGACGUGAAGCCGUACCUGGCGAUGGUGCUGCUGCAGGUUGGGUUCUCCGGGAUGUACAUCCUCUCCGUCGCCUCCCUCAAGCGCGGCAUGAACCACUUCGUCCUCGUCGUCUACCGCAACCUCGUCGCCACCGUCGUCAUGGCCCCUUGGCCCUCAUCUUCGAGAGGGGAGCCAGUGCUGGACCAGAACAUGUACUACCUCGGCGCGAAGCUGACCUCGGCCACCUUCGCCUCGGCCCUCGUCAACAUCCUCCCGGCCAUCACGUUCCUGAUGGCGCUCGUCAUGCGGAUGGAGAAGCUGAGGCUCCGGAGCCUCCGCAGCCAGGCCAAGGUCGUCGGCACAGUCUGCACCGUCGCCGGCGCCGUGCUGAUGAUCCUCUACCACGGCCCCGUGGUGCCGUUCCCGUGGUCCGCGGGCCACCACCACGCCGCCGCCGCCGCGGUGGAGAGCCAGAGCAGCGCCUCCUGGCUCAACGGCACCGUCAUGAUUAUUGGCAGCUGCCUGUGCUGGUCCGGCUUCUUCAUCCUCCAGGUACGAGCAAUCGAGUACGACACGGCCACCGCGCGCGCACGCACUGACUCCAUGAUGCAUUGCGUAACUAAGGAGAGGCAGCAUGGCGAGGCAUCAGGCGCUAACACUAACAGCAUCCCUAUGCAGUCGAACACGCUGCAGAGCUACCCUGCGGAGCUGACGCUGGCGACGCUGAUCUGCUUCCUGGGCUCUGUGCUGACCGGCGGGGUGGCGCUGGUGGCGGAGCGCCACGACAUGAGCGCCUGGGUCAUCGGUUUCGACACCCGCCUCUUCACCGCCGUCUACUCCGGGAUCGUGUGCUCCGGCGUGGCCUUCUACGUGCAGGGGAUCGUGACGCAGGCGCGCGGCCCGGUGUUCGUGACGGCGUUCCAGCCCCUGGUCAUGAUCAUCACCACCGUCCUGGGCUCCACCAUACUCAAAGAGGAGACCACCCUCGGAAGCGUGAUUGGCGCGGUGAUCAUAGUGGUGGGGCUCUACUGCCUCAUCUGGGGCAAGAGCAAGGACCACCUCGGCAACGGCAAGCCCGGCGCCGCUGCCGUCGCCGGCGAGCUGCCCCUGACCUCGGCUCCCGCGGCCAACGGCAACGGUUACGGCAAGCACGCCGCGCUCGGCGGCGGCCACCAUGUCACCAGCGGCGUCGAGACACCGCCACGGUCUGUGCCCAAGUGCGUUCACUGA